GCAUCAAGUGAAAGGACCGACAAAAGACGAAGAAUGCAAAGUUUGGGAAGCCUCGGGGCUAACAGGGGCCUCGAUGUGAGACUACCCAGGACUAGAGCCUUGCUGUUGGGCUUGCUCCUCGCCGUAGCCUGCGCGGAGGUGGAGGUCGACAUGGUGUUGAUAGAGGCGGGUGGAGAAGGCGACAGCCUUCCCGGACUCCUCGGCGGUGGUCGGUCGGAUCUUCCACAUGAAGGUGCCAAACAAGAUGGAGGAUGUUUACCUGGGGGACAUUAUCAAGAUCACAGAGAUGGGUAAGGAUUCCCUCCCUGCCUGGCUGCACUGGGAUGCCAGCAGCAGAAUCCUACAGGGUCUACCUUUGGAGGAGGAUAAAGGUGUCCAUUACAUCUCCGUAUCCAUCUCCAAUGACACAAAAGCCUCCUCUUCCUCAGAGGUGUUUUCCAUUGAGGUUCACCCUGAAGAUCAUCUGGACGCGGACUCAGCCCAGCUCGCAUCCAACCAAGCCUCCACGGAAGAUGACGUGCAGCCGUUCAUGUGUGGCAAUGAGGAGCCGGUCACGGUGCUGACGGUGAUCCUGGACGCAGAUUUGACCAAGAUGAGCUCAGAACAGAGGGUGGAGCUCCUGGACAACAUGAGGAGCUUCUCUGGGGUGGGGCUCCAGCACAUGAAAAUACUGCCGGUGGUCAAUAACAGGCUGUUCGACAUGUCUGCAUUCAUGGCUGGGCCGGGGAACGCAAAGAAGGUGGUGGAAAAUGGAGCUCUGUUGUCCUGGAAGCUCGGCUGCUCGCUGGAGCAGAGCACAGUCCCAAAUAUCAACAGUGUCCAGGGUCCUGCAAAGGAAGGCACAAUGUCCGCCAAGCUGGGCUACCCUGUGGUGGGAUGGCACAUUGCCAACAAGAAACCCCAUGUCCCUAAACGGGUGAGGCGGCAAUUAGGCAACACUCCAACACCUGUUAUGACAGUGCUUCCUCCCACAACUGUAGUGGAGCCUCCAGUGCGGAUUAUCCCAACCCUCUCCUCUCCCUCUAUUGCUGCACCAACGGAAAGUUCUGCUCCGCCAGUAAGAGGCCCAGUUCCUCUUCCGGGCAAGCCUACAAUCAGAGUCCGUGACCCCACUGCCCACACCCCAACCCCGGGACCUCCUCAACCAACAAGGGUAAUGGAGACCACCAGCACCGUUUCUAUCCAGCCAACAAUGACCAGGCAUAUUUAUGUGGAGGCCACUGCCACACCAUCCACACCUACCAGAAUUACUACCAGGAAACCUAAGAGAGUCAAAACCACACCGGCCCCCAGAGAGCCAAAGACCUCCACAGCCAAGCCGUCCAGGCGCACCACACCGUCGCCUGGUAUUAUCCCGGAUCCUUACAACGAGAAGCCUGUGUUGCGUAACCCCAUCGACCAGGUCAAUGCAUUGGUGGGCACCUAUUUCGAGGUUAAGAUCCCAUCAGAUACAUUCUUUGAUAAAGAGGAUGGCACAACAGACAAGCUACGUCUAACCUUAAGACAGAACCACAAUGAAGUGGUUGGAGAGGGUUCCUGGAUCCAGUUCAACACAACCAGCCAACUUCUCUAUGGCCUUCCUGAUGUCCAACACGUUGGAAAACACGAAUACUUCAUGCAGGCAACUGACAAAGGUGGCCUGAAUGCAAUUGAUGCUUUUGAGGUCCGUGUUAACCGCUGGCCCAUGAAUGACAAGACCCCAGUGAUAUUUACGGCCCGAUUCGAUGGUGAGCCACGUUCAAUAUCAAAUGAUAUCCACAAAAAGAUCCUCCUGGUAAAGAAACUGGCGUAUGUGCUGGGGGACCGCAACAGCAGUACAGUAAGUCUAAGGAAUAUCAGCAAAGGCUCUAUUGUGGUGGAGUGGACAAACACCAGCCUCCCGCAGCACCCGUGUCCAAAAGAACAGCUCGCAGCCAUGAGCAGGACGCUCGCCAGUGCGGACGGAAAACCCUCGCAGACCUUCAGGUACUCUAUGGAGCCUGAAUUCAGACCGCUAGAUGUCAUGGUCAAGGGAAGGGCAAGCUGCAGAACAUAUUCCUUCAUCCCACCAGGAGAGAUUGAUAUACCAGAACCUCCGGCUGUCACUCCAGCUCUGGGAACAGGCCGGCAGAGCACCGAUGAUGUCUAUCUCCACACAGUAAUUCCCGCCGUGGUGGUAGCAGCCAUCUUGUUGAUAGCGGGUAUCAUUGCAAUGAUCUGCUACAGGAAGAAACGAAAGGGCAAGCUGACCAUCGAGGACCAGGCCACCUUCAUCAAAAAAGGUGUGCCGAUUAUCUUUGCUGAUGAACUUGAUGACUCUAAGCCACCUCCAUCCUCCAGUAUGCCCUUGAUUCUGCAGGAAGAGAAGCCCCCGCUUCCACCCCCAGAGUACCCCAACAUGGCCACGCCAGAGACCACUCCCCUCAACCAGGAGCUGCUGGGGGAGUACACAGCUCUGCGGGACGAGGACCCCAACGCGCCUCCCUACCAGCCGCCACCUCCCUUCACCACUCCCAUGGAGGGCAAGGGUUCCCGUCCCAAGAACAUGACUCCCUACAGAUCUCCACCUCCCUACGUGCCGCCCUAAGACUUGUUUAACCCUCCCCUCGUAGGGUGGAGGGAGAGGAUGCCUGAGGAACUGUGACGGUUUCCAUUCUGGUGUUUGUCUGUCUGGACAUUUACAGGGAGAGAUGACAAGAGGUGCUAAAGUACAAAACAGCUACAGGGGACUUUGGUUUGGGAGGGGGAGUAAUGAGUCGGGUGGGGUUUUUACAGUCGACAGAUGGGAUGAUUGGUUGAAACAGCUGGGAGGGACUACUGUUUUAGUGGUAGCCCAGCUACUAAAGUGGCCUAAGACAAACAAAUUCUCGUCACAUUGGCUCUCGGAUUGACCAGUUGGUCAGAAGCGAAGAUCGGGAGACGCGUUCUCCCUUCCCAGCAUUUCAUUUUUUCCCCCUCUGUUGAUUUAAAAUACUGGCUUUUAUUUUCUUUUUUCAUCAUUACCCCAAGGUUAUUAUUCUUUUUAUUUUUCCUGGACUGAAUCGUUUUGCCUAACAACUCUUCUUUUGUCUUGCUUUUAAAUAAUACGAGAAGACAGUGAACUGCCAUCAACUCGUGUUUUUAAUAAGGAGAGCAAGAUUCUCUGAAUAUGAAAAAUCUCCAAUCGCCCCUGCAGACGACACAAAAGGACAGGAGGCCGAAGCGUGUGUGAAUGAGUGUUUAUUCAGAUUCAAUACGGUUUGCCUUUUAACACUAGUUGUCUGUUUCUAUCCUUAUUCACAAUGUCUAGUAAAGAUGAGAAUAACAAGGUAGCCUAAAAAAAGAUUUAGAGAUGAAAUAAUAAAUAAUUUGUUUGUUUCAUUGGUUUUAAAAUUCACUGUAUAUCUGGAAGAUGUUCUGAUAGAUUGUGUUAUAUUUUUUUGGUGGUGGAAGAAAGCGGGAAGACUGCCUCGCUAAAAUAACUCGCAGGAGCUCUUUAUUCCUGUUUUAUUCCGGUAUCACUUACAGUCCAUUAGAUACAAUAAAUCCACCUUCCUCUCAGUUGCCGUCAUCCCCUCUGCAGACAACAGGCUCAGUAAGGUGGAACUGGAUGAGGUUAAAGUGAGAAAACAUGAACUACUGUUUUUAUUAUAAAAGAGAUUAUGUGAGUUUAGUGUGGAUUUGGAUGCAAAAUAAGUACUUUUAUGCAGAUUUCAGUCCGUGCAAUUUUGCGACUUCAGGUUAACAAAACUACAGUAACGGUAAAAACACUUUUCUACACACAUCCCAACAUGUACGCCAACAGGAAAAAGGACCCCUCCGGUUUAUUUUGGAGCAGGAAUAAUUAUUUUUUUAUGUAAUGAGGCAGUUCUGCUCUGAGGAGAAACUGUGUGUGUGUGUGUGCCAUGAAGACUCUCCCAGCUGGGAUUGUACAGAUAAUUCACAUUUUAGAGGUCACAGAGGUUUCAGAAAGGAAGAAAGAACCUUGAAUUUCCAGUAAUUAGCUCACUGACAAAUUCUCAAUGAAAAAUCUCCUUCUAAUUUUUUUACAAAGUUUUUGAUACAGCCUCAAAUUGUUUGAUUAUUAAAAGAAAACACGAUUAAUGAUUAGCCUUCUGUGAUUUGUAAAAUCUUAGCCUAGAUUAUGAUUCAAUUAUGUACACUUUCUGUUUUGUUUGUCAUGGGUCACAUAUUUCAAGUGUUUUAUUUUAUUGUGUGUGUUUGCAUAUUGAAAUGUAUCUCCCACUAUACAAAGACGGAAUGACCGAUAUUUUAAUGUAAUCACAAAUUUUAUUUUUACGUCCUUAUGUUUGCUAAUGAGUUUCAACUGAAAGUGACCCUUUGCAAUAAUAAUGUAAGGUACAGUCCGCUCAGCGGCUGGUCGAUGCAGGCUCAAGUGAGUGACUCAUAAUAUUGUUGGUUUUUUUUGCAGGAUGCCAAGGCUUUUUUUUUUUUGCUUUUCAAGUGUGCAUUGUCAUAAUAAAACCAACUGGUACGAUAAAAAAAGAAAAA